GGUUCCAAUGCUGGCCGUUUCCAAUCUGACUGUUUACUGUUGUGUGGCCCACCUGAGUUUUGAAUCUACCUAAUAUUUGAAACUGAUGGACAGAGUAGAUUUCUCAAGAACAUCACGGUGGGCCCCAUGUAGCUUUCACCCAUAAGAAUUUCCUGUUGGAGGGGCCACAGUCAAUUCGAGUCCCAGCCCAAAAGCCUUACCCACCUUCUCUUUUUCCACCUUAUCAAUGUUUUCACACACCAUGUCUGCAUGGUGGGGGAAGAAAUUCCAUUCCAGUAGAAAGAAGAAAGAACAGCAAGCUCCAAUCACAGAUGGGAAAGGAAAAUCCAAGUCCAAGAGUUUCGAUGAAACCAUCGCUCGAAACUCUGCAAAGAAGAGUAAUUUUGAUACUGGGUCUUUUUCCGGUUUCGAUUCUGAUAUUGUAUUGGAGAAGCAGGGCCAUCCGCUACCCCGCCCGUCAGUUUUGACGGCCUUGUCCCCUGUUCAUGAUCAACAGCUUAUUUCUGGGUCCAUCUCAAGCGUCAGCUCUUCCGGAUCUUCCGAUGAUCGGCCGGAUGUCGGAUUCGUCGGUCUUUGCAGAUAUUUGGAUCCCACAAACACACCCAGGGGCAGAAAUCCAAAACCCAAUUCUGAAAGACAGGAACAGAUUGCAGAGAGGCAUCUUGUUUCAAGUAGUCCGUUUCGAGAACAUUCCAAAUUUCUAGACGUGUCUACUUCUCCAAGAAGUGAAUUUCUCACACAUGGUUCCGCUUCACCUCCUAAUGCAAGCACCUUAUUCAGUCCAAGAGCAUCUGUUGAGAUAGAUCUAAACCCAAGACCAAGAAGUCCAUGUCCAGGAUCAAGAGGGCAUACAAGUCCAACAUCGCCUUUGCAUCCACGAGUCUGUGGUUUUAGUGCGGAAUCUUCAAUGGAGAAGCAAGAAGAUGUAAAGAGUCGGUGCCAUCCGCUUCCACUCCCUCCGAGUUCUCCCAAUUCACAUUCCUUGAGAAAGAAUGGGUCGAAUGACACUGUUCAAGGCCUCUGUUCAAGAUGGAAGAAGGGAAAGCUUUUAGGAAGGGGAACGUUUGGGCAUGUAUAUGUUGGAUUUGACAGUGAAAAUGGAAGCCUGUGUGCAAUAAAAGAAGUCAAAGUCAUUUCCGACGAUCAAAAUUCAGAGGAAUGUCUCAGACAACUCAAUCAGGAAAUUUCUCUGCUCAGUCAGCUUUUGCAUCCAAACAUUGUGCAGUACUAUGGAAGUGAACUGGCUGAAGGCACACUUUCAGUUUAUCUAGAGUACGUCUCUGGAGGCUCCAUCCAGAAAUUACUUCAGGAAUAUGGCCCAUUUACAGAACCAGUUAUUCAAAAUUACACCAGACAGAUCCUUUCAGGGCUAGCCUACUUGCAUGAAAGGAAUACUUUGCAUAGGGACAUUAAAGGGGCAAACAUACUUGUAGAUCCUAAUGGUAGAAUCAAGCUGGCGGAUUUCGGCAUGGCCAAACAUAUUACAUCCUGUUCGUCCAUGCUGUCUUUCAAAGGAAGCCCUUACUGGAUGGCUCCUGAGGUUAUAACAAACAGUAAUGGCUACAACCUGUCAGUGGAUAUUUGGGGCCUUGGUUGCACGAUUCUUGAGAUGGCAACGUCUAAGCCUCCUUGGAGCCAAUACGAGUGGGUGGCUGCAAUAUUUAAAAUUGCGAACAGCAAAGAUAUUCCAGAUAUUCCAGAUCACAUUUCUGAUGAUGGGAAAAGCUUUCUGAGGCUCUGCCUGCAACGUGAUCCAUCUGCACGUCCCUCAGCAGCACAGCUGAUGGAACACCCUUUUAUUCGAGAUCAAUCCACUGCGAAAGUCGCAAAGAUCAACACGAAUAGAGAUUCAUCACAAUCGUCCAUUGGUAGCAGCUGUAUACAGAACAUGACAGAAUUUCCCAGAAAGAACUUUCCUUCAUAUGAUGGAGAUAAUGGGACGAGAUACACGGCUGGGUUUUUGAAGACUUUUAAAAGCUCAAGUGAUCAGGUCAGCGCACGAAUGAACUUGUCUUUGCCUGUGUCUCCAUGUUCAAGCCCAUUACGGCAUUUGGGACCAGCCCACAAAAGCUGUUUUCUAUCUCCGCCUCAUCCUGUCUAUACAAUGGGGAUUAGCCAUGAUGGUCUGGUCCAUCAUUCAGUCUCUUCUGGAAUUUAUCCAAACACGACAAUGAAACUGACAGUGAACUAUCCUGAUCCUUGGCCGGACAACUUCCCCUAGAGCGAGACACAUGCAAACGGUGUAUGUUUGUGACAGGCAAGAAUGCUUUGUCUCCAACCAUGCCAAACACACCUUGCAUCAGACUAAGGCAUCUGUUUCAAAAGCAUUCUUCAACAUCCAUUUCGACCGGAACAAGAUGUAGUCUGCUCAUCAACGUGGAAAGGGUCUUAGACUUCGGUUUCAGGCAACCAAUUCGACGUACUUGGAGGAUUCUUGGCAGUGAAUAAUUGCAUGGACUGUGCACGAAAGCUGAAGGAUGAUGAUGAGCUCGAAUUUGAACUAUGGUUGUGAGCUGAUCUCCUUGAUUCUGUUUGUAACAUUUCCUUGUAUGAUCUUUGUAACUGGUAGGCUUCAUAUUCAUUUUCUUUAUAAAGGAAAAAGAGAAAAGAAAAGAAAGGAAAGAAAAUCCCUCGGUGA